GAGAGGAGGACUGCUUUAGAAAUGGGAACAUUUUCUAAUACACUUGUGAUAUACUUCUUCAUUUUUGGGUCCAUCUCAGGUUUCACUGAAGGAGUUGGUGUGUUGCCUGAUGAUCGUCUGAAUGCAGCUGUAGGAGGAACAAUGAUAUUCACUACAACAAUGUCUCCAACAGAGAAACCGUUUUCAUCUGUGAACUGGAGUUUUAAUGUAUCUACACCUAUAAUAGUAUUCGUAAUUAACGCAGAAAACAUUAUUGGACCUGAAUAUGAAGGCAGGAUCACCUUCUUCCCAUCUACUGCGUCUUUGGAGCUCAGGAGUCUCACUCUGGAUGACACUGGAGAAUACACUGUUAACGCUGUACACGAUGGAACAAUCCUGAAUGGACGUACUACUCUGGUGAUACAUGAGAAAGUCUCCAGUGUGUUGGUAACUUCCAGCAGCACAGACUUGGUUGAGUUCAGUGGUUCUGUCUCUCUGUCCUGCUCUGCCUCUGGACCCUCUCUCUCUUUCCUCUGGUUGAACGGCAGCUCUGAGGUUACAGCAAGUGACAGAGUUCAGCUCACUGAUGGAGACUCCAGUCUGACUAUAAUCACUGUGACCCGCUUUGACCAGGGACCAUUCAGGUGUCGUGUGUCCAAUCCUGUCAGUACUGUUAUCAGUGAUCCAGUAAACCUCUCCAUCAGCUAUGGUCCUGAAAAUAUGGAUUUGAUCUCAUCUCCUCCACAAGGAUACUUUGCUGUGGGGUCAGACAUCAGCCUCACCUGCUCAGUUGGAUCCAGACCUCCUGCCCACUUUAAGUGGUUUCUGAAUGGAGAUCAGCUGCCUGAUACUGGAUCAGAGCUCAGACUGAUGGAUGUUCAGAUGAGUCAGAGUGGAAACUACAUUUGUCAGGCCUUUAACAGCAGAACUCUGAGAUAUGAAACAUCUCCGCCUUCAGCCAUCACUGUGCUGGGUUGA